AUGCCACAGCUUCAGUUCAAUGACCCCAUUGGACCUACGGAUGGUUCGCACACCGCUACCGUCAUCUUCCUCCAUGGCCUCGGCGCCGCCGGCCCGCGCUGGCGCGACGACAUGCAGCGCCGCCUCGUCCAGCCUAACCCCUCCACGCUCUCGCACAUCCGCUUCGUCUUCCCCAAGGCGCCCAAAGACACGCAGGGCGCCGAGGGCGUGACGCACGGCCGGGAGGCGUGGCACGUCUUCAACGACGGCAAGCGGUAUCCGUUCCGCAAGAUCGAGGACGGGGAACACGUGCACCAGGCGUCGAUGGACGCGGCGGUGCUCGCCGUGGACGGGGUGCUGCGCGAGGAGGUGGGGAAGCUGAGGGGCAAGGGCGCGGCGAACCGGGUCGUGAUUGUGGGCUUUUCGCAGGGCGGGGCGGCGGCGCUUAUGGCGGCGCUUACGGCUGGGGAGGUCGCGGUGGGCGGGCGGACGGCGGGCAGGGACGGGUGGAAGGUCGCUGGUGUUGGUGUGAUCGACUCGUAUAUUCCGGUUCCUGCUGAAUUUGAACGGAGAUACUCGGCUCACGCGCACGCUCGCCACACGCCCAUCCUAUGGCGACACAACGAGGGCGACACGACGAUCAACACGCCCGUCGGCGAGCAGUGCACGACAAAGCUCGCGGAGCUGUCGAGGCGAUACGGAGGUCUCGCUCCUAUUGAUUUCAAGAUAUACCCGAGAGAGGAAAAGUCGCAGAGCCAGAACCACGUUCCCGAGAACAAGCAGCUAGAUGCGCUGUUCGAGGAUCUGGCAGUGUGGCUGCCGACCGGGAAUGUAUUCUGA